AUCAUACUGUCAUGAUAAACAGGAGGGACUGUUAGGUUGAAGAAACUGUUAUUAAUCAUUUUGUUAUCACUCCUGUAUGAUCAGCAAUGAAUGUAAAUAUGUAUAUACAUUAUUUUGUUUUCCCCUAGCCUCAUACUUUAGAUUAUAUUAAUAAUAGCAUUCCCACCUUAGCAAAACCAGAACUUUCUCUCACCUCCCUAUUCUGCAUGACUCUUGCGCCUCCCACUGACUAUAAAUAAAGGAGUCAAGGGGAACCACCCUUUGUAACACAUUCUGCUGUAGUUUGCAUUGCAGAGAGUGUGGGUACCCUUGCAAGUAAAAACUAUAAAGUGUGUGUCUCGUAAAUGUGGAGUUGGGGUGGAAACGCCGGGCGCUUUCCCCAACAUAGAAUUUGGUCCUUCGAGCCGGAUCCGAGGAACCCCGAAGACGUCUCCAGUACGCCGAGAGAAGCGACACCGAAGUCUGUCGACAGCCACUCGAAGUCGGGUGCAAGAAAGACCUGUGAUGUGAAUUCGUCAUCAGGCCGGUGGUUAGAACUGCGCUCGACGUCUGGUGAUGUCUGAAGGACCUCGGUGAUGGAACAGAGAGCACACUACAUAGGUGAGAAACACGGCACCUAAGUGAAUAGGUGGCCAAGUGAGACAUACGGCACCUAAAUAAGUAGGUGGCCAAGACAUGCAUGUGGUUGAGGUUAGCCGAAAUUAACCGGGAGAGAAAGUAGGCGUUGUUGGAAAUAUAUACAGUGUUCUAUGUGGAUGUGUUUUUAUAGGUUUUAGACUAACCUACACGAUCCACCCUAAAAGCAACAACAUACUGGUGACUGAAGGAUAAAGGACGGGUUUCAUCCCUGAAAACUAACACCGCUGCUCUAAUAGGGAGCAGUAGAAGGCCGUGUUGGUGUCCUCCUGAGGUCUCAUGCCAGGGACUUGCUUUUAGGAUUUUUUAUGUUUUGUAGUGUAUUCAAUAAAAGGUAACAAUGGGAAAAAUCAGAGUAAACAAAUCAAACUAGAGGGAGAUGAGAAGUUUAUGGAAGGAUAUAAACCAGGAUCAGGACAAAUAAGUAGUCAGAGAUGGAGGAAAAAACAUGGGUUUGAAGGAAAACUCCAUACUCCAGACAUAUUAAAGUUACAGGGAAACUUAAAACUGGAGAUGUUACAGACUACCAAUAAGAAAAAAGGCCAAGAUAGAAAAAAGGAAUACGUUUUCUCUGAUGCAUGGUUAGAACAGAGUAAACUAAGAGAUAAUAAGAGACAACAGAAAAAGGGAAAUAAGGAGAAAAAACUGCAGGUGGCUUUAAUCACACUAGACGAAGAAACGGCAGCAAGACCUUCUGCCCCUCCAGCUCCUCCACCGCCCCCACAAAUUCCGGUGCCUGCACCGGCGCUGGUUCCAGCCACAGAUAGACAAGAAGCAAGGGGGGGGGUGGAACCAUCUCGCAUGUUAACUCGAGGGUCUGAUCCCUCUCUAUAUCCUGUAAAAGAUUUGGCCACAGCUAAAGUACAACGGCAUCCAAAAAAUAACACGGAACAAGAGGAGGUAGAAUGGCAGUGUCCCCUCGUAGAAGUGGCAAACCCAAAUCGAGGGCCAAAUAAUGCAGGACCCGAAACUAUGUUAGUAUAUAGACCCUGGACCGCUGAGGAUAGAACAGCGGCUUUAAAAGGAAUACCCCCGGUUGAAGAAGGGGUACCCGAGUUUUGGACUGCCAUCCUAGAAUUACAAAGUAGUUUUCAUUUGAACGGCAGGGAAAUGUACCGAUGCCUAAGACAGUUGUUUACCCAUAAAUGGGGACGUGUGGCAGGCGACUUCACUGGACAUGGUGCCAAUAAUCAGCCCUUAGCACAUAACUCGCAGGAACUCAUACAAGCAUUACAACACCUGCGAGAGAGGAUAGACACAGUCUUCGUGAGACGUGCAGAUUAUGGGCGAAUAGCGCAGUGCAAACAAAAAGAUGGAGAGGAACCUGAGGAUUUUAUGGAUAGGAUGCGAGUGGUGUUCAGGGGAAAUUCAGGAAUUCCUCACGACGAGGAAGACGGAGGAGUGUAUCAGCAACAAUUAAAACGAGCUUUUUUUUUCGCAGGCCUAAAGUCUGAAUUGCGAAAAUAUCUCGACAAACAUUGGGUACAUCAGAAUACUGGCUCAGUCCAACAAGCCUUAGAAUAUGCCCAACACGCACAGAAAGCGCAGAAACAGCAAAAGACAGAUACAAUAUUCAGCGCCUCUGACGUGGUAGCGCUAGUGCAAACGAACCCUCGGGGACGCGGGGGAUUCAGAGGUAGAGGAAGAGGAAGAUUUAGAGGCCGAGGAAGAUUUAGAAAUAAACAAACAGGAGGGUUUUCUCAGGAAACAGAGUGUUGGACAUGCGGGAAACCUGGACACUUAAGCAGGGACUGCAGGUCAGGGAAGCGACCAUUUAAUCCAAACUCCACCGAAAAUGACCAAUGACCCUCCUCGGAGACCCCUGUUGCCGACACUAUCCGAGGUGAAACAGAGGUCAUUUUAAGGGAAGAAACGGAGGUUACCUUACAAGACCUCCUCAAUGAGGAAAUAGAUUUGCAAGCAGUAUGUCAGCUAUUAGCAGAAAGGCAGUGGGGAACUUUGCCAAGUCGGAAAUUAAUCAUAAAUGGCAAAGUAUACGAAUGCCUGUGUGAUACUGGAGCCUGUAGGACUGUCCUAACCUCCAGUCCUCCUGAAGUCACAUACUCCUCAUCUGUCAUAAAUAUAAAAACAGCAGGAGGCCAAACAGACAGUCAUCAGCUAACAAACCCAGUUGCAGUAAAAGAUAAGGAAACUGGGAUUGAAUGUCAAGCACAAGUGUUAAUAAGCCCUUCUUGCCCUGUCAAUCUGUUAGGCCAUGACCUUAUGGUACAGAUGGGCAUUAGUGUAGUUGCCACAAACUCUGGCAUGAAAGCAAUCAUAAAUGAGGAAGCCUAUGUUGUGCAAGGAACCGGAGCACCAGACGUGCCCAACCCACACUUAUUGCUCAACUCAUUAACCCCUGAUAAAAGUUACUUCUCAGUAGUUGAUCUCAGUAAUGCAUUUUUCUCAGUACCAUUGCACCCUGAUUCUCAACAUUUAUUUGGUUUCACCUAUAAGGGAAAAAAAUACACAUAUACUAGACUCCCUCAAGGGUUUUCAGAAAGUCCACAUGUAUAUACCAUGGCCCUUAGAUACUCUAUGAGUACCUGUAAAAUACCAUCCCAUAGUCAAGUGCUACUGUAUGUAGAUGAUAUAUUAAUUGCUUCAGAUACAAAACAGCAUUGUAAGGAAGCCACACUGUUGGUGUUACAGCAUUUAUAUGAUACAGGACAUAAAGCAUCAAAACAAAAAUUACAAUAUUGCAGGGAGGAAGUUAUAUAUCUUGGACAUAAACUCUCCCAACAAGGUCGAUCGUUGUUAGAAACUAGAAAACAGGCAAUACAAGAGGCACCAAAGCCAAAGACUAAACAGCAAAUGAUGUCCUUCUUAGGACUUUGUAAUUAUUGCAGAGAAUGGCUACCUGAUUAUGCCGCACUCGUUCAACCUCUGCAAACCUUAAUUUAUGGGAAAGACAUGGCCUUAAAAGAUAAAAUUCAGUGGACAAAAGAAGGAGAAUUGGCAUUCACAAACUUAAAAAUGAUGCUACAAACAAAUGUGAUACUUGCCUUACCAGAUUAUCAACAACCAUUUACCUUAUGUGUUGAUGCUAAUCAAGGUUAUAUGAAAGCGGUAUUAACACAGCCGUUCGGGACAAAGGAAAGACCACUAGCAUUCUAUUCUAAACGAUUAGAUGCAGUAGCAGCUGGUUUUCCACAAUGUUUGCAAGCAUGUGCAGCUGCUGCAGAAGCAGUAAAAUUAUCAGCAGAAUUAGUGUUGUGUCACCCACUCACCUUGAAGGUGCCACAUUCAGUUUCAUUAGUUUUACUGCAGACACCGCUUCCGUUCCUCACACAUGCUAGACAUCUGACCUUAGUCUCACUCCUGCUUUCACAGUCAAACAUUACUAUACAGCGAUGUGGUCCUCUUAACCCUAGCACCCUUCUUCCGACAACGGAAGAUGGAGAACCACAUUCGUGCAAAGCAGUUGUGGAAGAGCAAACAAAACCCAGAGCAGAUAUUUUACAGACCCCAAUAUCAGAUUCAAUGGUUGUUUAUGUAGAUGGAUCAGCAUCAAAAAAUGAUAUGGAAAAAAAUAAGGUCGGGUAUGCUGUAGUACAUCUACUGAAGUCUUAGAGGCCAAUGCACUCCCACCUGCUUGUUCAGCACAAGCGGCUGAACUCUAUGCUGUAAUUAGGGCAUGCGAGCUAUUCAAAAAUAAGUCACUUACUAUAUACACUGAUAGUCAAUAUGUGUUUGGAGCUGUUCAUCACCAUGCAAGAGUGUGGAAAAAUAGAGGUUUUAAAACAUCGCAGGGAACGUCUCUAACUCACACAAACUUACUACUUAGAUUAUUAGAUGUUGUACUAUUACCGACUCGCCUUGCACUGUGCAAAUGUAAAGCACACCAAACCGAUGCUUCCACAAUAGCUAAAGGAAACAACUUUGCAGAUAAAACUGCCAAAGAAGCGGCACUGAAACAGCCCACCUUAUCAGUGGCAGACAUUCUUUUCAUAGAUAGUGAUGUGCUGUGUGAUGCACAGAUUCAUGCUCCUAAAACAGAAAUACAGAGUUGGAUCAAGAGAGG